ACGUAAGCGUGCAACAAAAACAAUAGAAAUUUAAUGGAAGAGUGUCAAUAUCUAAGAAAAUAGGUAUAAUUCGCCGUCAGUUGAAAAAUAAAAUAUUUUUGCGGACUAUUUCCGUAAAUUAAAAAGAAAAAUAUAUUUAGCAACCAUUUCCAAGUUUGAACAGCGGUGUUAUUAAAAUUCUUCUGCUGCACAUUGAAAUAUAUAUAUCAACCAACGUGAAAGUGCUUCAAAUACAAGACACACAAAACAAUUUUCCAAGCUGUCACUGUAGUCCGUAACAUUCGUACACAUACAGCCAUCAGUAUGCCUGGAACGGCAAUCCAGAUAAUAAACACCUCAGAGGAGCAUACGUUCUUGCUGAAUGAAGAUGCAUUAAGUGAGGUGUUGAUGCGUGAUGAGGUAAAGGAUCGUUUCGUUUGUGUCGUGUCAGUGGCUGGCGCUUUUCGCAAAGGUAAAAGUUUUUUGCUCGACUUCUUCUUGCGCUACCUAUACUCAAAAUAUGUGCGUCAUGAUGUUGUAACCGAUUGGCUUGGUGAUGAUAACGAACCGCUUACAGGUUUCUCGUGGCGCGGCGGCUCUGAACGUGAUACCACAGGUAUCUUGAUGUGGUCCGAAAUAUUCCUGCACGAUUAUCCAAACGGCGAUAAAGUGGCCAUUAUAUUGCUCGAUACUCAAGGAGCUUUCGACAGUCAGAGCACAGUACGCGAUUGUGCUACGGUUUUUGCACUUAGCACAAUGGUUUCUUCCGUGCAAAUUUAUAAUUUAUCGCAAAAUAUACAGGAGGAUGAUCUGCAGCAUUUGCAGUUGUUUACAGAAUAUGGUCGCUUGGCUUUGGCGGAUACAGGCAAGAAGCCGUUUCAACGUUUACAGUUUCUGGUACGCGAUUGGAGUUUUCCAUAUGAAGCCGAGUAUGGCGCUUUAGGCGGCGAUAAGAUACUUAAGCGCCGCCUAGAAGUGUCAGACAAACAGCACCCGGAACUGCAGUCGUUGCGACGACAUAUUGCAGCCUGUUUUAUGGAAGUGGCAUGCUUCUUAAUGCCACAUCCAGGCCUAAGCGUUGCAACCAAUCCCAAAUUCGAUGGUCGACUCAAGGACAUAACACCUGAAUUUAAACAGAGUUUGCGCACAUUUGUACCAAUGCUGCUAUCACCCGACAAUUUGGUAUAUAAGGAAAUCAGUGGCCAACGAGUGCGUGCGCGAGAUCUUAUACAAUACUUCCAAUCAUAUAUGAGCAUCUAUAAGGGUAAUGAGUUGCCAGAGCCAAAAAGCAUGCUAGUGGCCACCGCCGAAGCUAAUCAUUUGACAGCCGUUGCAGCAGCCAAGGAACUAUACAAUCAACUUAUGGAGGAGGUUUGUGGCGGUACUAAACCGUACUUAAGCACAGCACAUUUGGAGGCAGAACACUUCCGUAUCAAAGAUCAAGCGUUAUUCCAAUUUGCAUCUAAACGUAAGAUGGGCGGUGAAGAGUUCUCCGAAAAAUUCCGACAACAAUUAGACGUGGAUCUAGAAGAUUCAUAUGUCAAUUACAAAGCGCACAAUGAGAGCAAGAAUAUUUUCAAAGCUGCACGCACGCCGGCCGUGUAUUUUGCGGCAGCGGUUAUUUGUUACGUUCUAAGUGGAAUAUUCGGCCUAGUAGGCCUCUACACAUUUGCCAAUUUCUGCAAUCUAGUGAUGGGAGUCGCUUUAUUGACAUUGGCACUGUGGGCGUAUAUUAGAUACAGCGGAGAAAUGGGUGAUUUUGGUGUCAAAUUGGAUGACUUUGCGACGUUUAUGUGGGAAAACUUUAUGAAACCCAUAUAUCAAGGUUGCAUGGAGAAGGGCAUUCAGCAUGUGGCAACGCAUGCUGCCGAAGCGGCAGUCGGUGGACGCACAACAUCGUCUGCAAUGAACGGCAAGGUGAAGAAGUCAUGAGAAUACGCCCAAAAAUUACUUCAACAGCAACAGCAACAACAACAAAACCAGCAGCUUCAACAAAAUUCUAAAGGGAAAACAGCAACAACGAAAGCCAACAACAACAAUAAUGUAGCUCAACAGAAAGUUACCAGAAUGACAGCAUCUGUGACGCAGGGUAGUGAAGGUGGUAGCGAUUUUGGCAAAGCUUUGAUCAUGCACUUCUGGUCACGUUUUGUAGGUGCAACCGCAAGUGAACGGACAAACUUUGCUCAAACGGCCAAUACUGCAGCAGGUCAAAAUGCUACCUCCACUUCCCUGAAUAGUGAUGUCAAUGUCAGCAGCGGCUGCAGCACAGGCAAUACAGCAGGCAUGAAUAAUGCGGCUAGCAAUCGCAAAAAGCGAAGAUCUAAGAAGUGAAUGUAGUGUAUAGAAAGAAUAUUAUAUAAAAAAAAAAACUCGCCCAACACCUAUACAAAAUAUUUGUUAGCUAAAUUGCGUAUUUUUAACGCAUAUUUCAUUAAAUAAACUUCUGUAGACUUAUUGUGCAACUCAACGCGUUGAAAUAUAUUUAAUUGUAUUUCGAAAAAUUUCAAUAUUUCGACAUUAUUAUGAAGUUGCACUUUAAGACCAUAUCUUUGCCCAAUAGCAUUUAUCCUUUAUGCUAAACACUAAUAUAACUAAUAGCAACAUUUUUAAUUGAUACAUUGGCCUCGGUCACUGUUGUUGUUGUACGUAAAUAUAAAGAAUUUUUGUUACUAUUACAUACUUGGAUGAAUUGUAUUGUUUUCAUGCUGCCUUUUAAAGUAAAAUGAAUAAAAUUGAAACAUUUCACACUUGAAAUCAUGGGGCUUGAGCAUGAGUACGGCAAAUAAGAUUAAAAUCUGAGUUCAACUAUCGUAUUUUCUUUUUUUUGCAAUCACACAAUAAAUACAUGUAUACAACUUCGAAAUUCCCUAGCAACGCAGUGUUGAAUAUAAUUGAAGCAAUAUAAAUAGCUGCUGUUGGCGAAAGUCAUUCUUACUUUUAUUCCCGUUAAAAAUCGUCAAUAAAAUAUUCUUAGUAGAAAUAGUAAAAAAAAAA